AUGCAGCCGAACGGAAAGCAGACCGCAAGGCCAGAGAACAGCAGCUGCAGAACACAUUGGAAAAAAUAUCAAAUUUGGCAAAUUACAUCAAAGCGAGAUGAAAACAUCAAGAGAUCUCUUCGAGAACUCUAUACUUGUCCAUAUCGAGAUCGGAAAGACAGAAAUGGCCAUCGUGUACCUGACACCUGCGAAUGGGUCACAACCCACGCUCUCUUUAGGAACUGGAAAGCAAGCCACACUUCUGCCAGUGGUCUUCUAUGGAUCUCUGCAGACCCAGGCUGUGGCAAAUCCGUUCUUGCAAAGUAUCUGGUUGAUGAAGUUCUCCUUAGUACAAGGAUGACGACUGUCUGCUACUUUUUCUUCAAGGACGACUUUUCCGACCAGAACAACUCUGCGAAUGCGGUUGCAAGUCUUCUACGUCAAGCUCUCAUGGCUCGACCCUCUCUUUUUACCAAUACAAUAUUAGAGAAGUUUGAAACUGAUGGCCAACAACUCCUUGGUUCUUUCCAGAGCCUGUGGGAUUUAUUCAUUGAUGUAGCAGCAAAUGAAAAUACUGGCGAAAUAGUUUGCGUGGUUGACGCUUUGGAUGAGUGUCGGGACGAGGACCGUCUUCCCUUUAUUCAAGCUAUAAGCAGACUUUAUUUGGAGGAAAACCCCAAAUCAAAGUCCAAUCUGAAAUUUCUAGUCACUAGUCGACCAUACGGACACAUUCGCAGUGUAUUUCACGCCUUGGAGACAAAUUUACCGACAAUUAAUUUGAGUGGUGAAGAUGAAAUCGAAGUGGAGAAAAUAUCAAACGAGAUUGAUCUCGUGGUCACAAGUCGAGUCCAAGAGAUUGCGCACAUAAAAUCCCUCGAGGACAGAGAAUGCAUCUUUCUCCAGGAACAACUGAAAAAGAUUAGCAACAGAACAUAUCUCUGUGUCAGUUUAACCCUUGAAUUCAUUGAGAAAACGCCAGGUUUCACUAGAGGAAAUGUUCGACGAGUUAUACACAAUGAAAUACCGCUCGACGUGGACGAGGCCUAUGAAAAGAUACUAAAUAGAAGUCCAAAUCAUGCCAAGGCAAAAAGAUUACUUCACAUUGUCACUGCUGCAAAGCGUCCAUUAUCUCUAGAUGAGAUGUCUCUUGCCCUGGCCUUCCGGCCUGGGAACGCUGACCAGGCUUAUGACGAUAUCAUCGAUGAGAUGGAACCAGUCGAGCGUCUCAGAACGUCGUUACGAGAUCUUUGUGGGCUUCUUUUGACCGUCGUUGACCAAAAGGUUUACCUUCUUCAUCAGACCGUCAAGGAAUUCCUGGUCAGAAAUUCCGCACUCGACAUCAUCGAAACAUCAAAUCUUUGGAAGCAUUCCAUUUCUCCUAAAGAUUCAAGUCGAGUCCUCGCGGAUAUAGGCGCAUGGCUUCUCUGCAUGCAUGAGGGGCUGAGUAUUUUGAGAUCGCUUUACGAAUACUUUGUUGAAUUCUGGCCAGUUCACUUUCGUGAAUCUUGUGUCAGGAAAGAAGAUCCUCUUGUUGUAUUGGCAACUCAGUUAUGCGAUUCGACGAUCAUGGAAUCUGCGAGGUUUCACGAAUUUUGGAACUCCAUGGGACAACUUCGAUUUUAUUAUGACCACAUGCAAGGUGACUUUCCGCUUGGAGUCUCAAUAUUGAUAUGCGCGUCGUAUUUUGGACUUUCUGCGGUUGUUGAGAGUAUUCUUGACAGCAGUGAGGUGAAUAUCAAUGAAAAAGAUCUCACAUGGCAAAGAAUACCCAUGGGCUGGGCAGCAGAAAAGGGUUACGAUGACAUAGUCAAAAUGUUUCUGGAGACUGGUAAGGUCGAAUUUGGUGCAGUUGACCGUACUCAAGCAUCACCAUUGUUAUGUGCGGCUAGAAGUGGACACACAAAAGUUGUUAAAGUUCUUCUUAGUUGGUGGUCAGAUGACGUGGACUGGCCAGAUGCGAAGGGACAUACACCUCUCCUCUACGUAGCAGCUCUUGAUUUUUAUGGAGUAGUAAAACUACUCUUGGAGACCAAGAAGGUGGAUGUCGAUUCGGUUAUUAGCGGUAAAAGAGCCCUUGAUGUGGCUUGUGAGAACGAGCAUCAGGAGGUUGUCAGGCUGCUCCUUAAAACCGGGAACGCAAGCGCCGACAGAAUCCCUGGUCACCACCAUUCACCACUACAUAUCGCAUUGAUAAACAAGCGUGAAGCUAUCGCCAUAUUGCUUCUGGAGACUGGUCGUACUGAUCCAAAUCAAAAAUGCGGGGAUGAGCAAACACCACUCCAUUAUGCCGCACAGUCUGGACUAGAGACCGUGGUGAAAUGGCUGCUUGAUAGUGGUAAAGUGAGCGUUGAUUCAAAAGACCGAAACGGUAAAACACCUCUCCAUUUUGCUGCACAAUCUGGAAAUGAAAACAUUGUGAAAAUGCUUGUCGACACUGGAGAAAUAGAUGAUAUCGACUUGAAAGGUUAUAAGGACAGUUCACCACUGUGGCUCGCGGCUUCUGAGGGCCAUGCAAGUGUUAUGAAGUUUCUCUUGAGCACUGGAAAAGUCGACCCCGACUCGAGGUGUUACCUGAAUGGUUCGCCGCUUCUUACAGCGGCAGCUCAGGGACAUGUGUCAAUCGUCAAGUUGCUUCUAGAUACGAAGGCCGUGGUAGUUGACGCAAAGGAGUCAACAGAGCAGCGUAGAGGUUUAUCUAUAGCUGCACAACAUGGACACACGGAUAUAGUCAAGUUGCUCUUAGAGACUGGGGAAGUCGACGUUGAAACAAGAGAUCUUCGACACGGGCGCACUCCACUCUUAUGGGCAAUUUGGAAUGAACCAUGUUUCCCAGAACAAGGAUCUGUGGUUCGCAUGCUCAUUGAAAUUGGGGAAGCAGACGUGAACGCACGAGACUCUGUGGGUCUGACGGCACUAUUGCUUGCAAUCGAUAGAAAUAGCGCAGAGGUUGUCAAAUUUCUACUUGAGACUGGUCGAGUAGAUGUGAAUGCUCGAGGCUAUCGUGAUCGUACACCAUUCGGUAUGGCAGUUUUCAUUGGACAACGUGAGAUUAUGAAGCGUCUACUAAGCACUGGAAAAGUUGAAGUUGACACACCAUUCAACGAUGGGCUCAUUCCUCUGUUGUGGCUAGCGAAAUGUGGAUUCGAAGACAUCAUUCAGUUGCUAAUCAGUGAUUGCGGAGCAAACUGCAAUGCACGAGCUCCUGCAGGAGAUACUGCACUAUCAAUAGCAGCCUCCAAUGGACAUCCCAAGGUAGUCGAGUUUCUACUUGAUACUGGCAAAUUCGAUGCGAACUCAAGAAAUGACUUUGGCGAGACAGCACUGUCACUCGCAAGCCGCAAUGGCCACCACGAUGUGGUGAAGGUCCUGCUUGACACAGGAGAUUUUGAGUCAAAGCCUGAAGUAUCAACCUCAGAUCAAUCUUGA